AUGGUUCAGGAGAACGGCGCUUCCACACCUUCUCUCCUUGCAUCUAGGAGCAGAAAUAAAGAAACCGAUGGCAUCGACGAUAACAAUGGAGUAACAGAGUGUCAAAGAACUGCUACGAAUCUGUCUCCUUCGGUGGCUCGCGCACCGGCUUGUGCAGAUAAGAAUACUCCCAGUGUGUGGCAAGAGAUUGUAUCCACAGCCCGGUUCAUAACUGGCGGAUUGCAUUACCCAGUAGAGAAUCUGAUGUACGUCAUAUCGACAGUGAGCCAGAUUAGUUCAAAACUGUUGGGUAGAAGGGUCUUUACGCCGGAGAGUGAUAUCGGGGAUUUGAGCGGCAAAGUUAUACUUGUUACAGGAGGAAAUUCUGGACUCGGCAAGCAAACCGCCCUCCAGCUCGCAAAGCACUACCCAUCACGUAUCUACCUGGGAGCGCGCACCGAAUCCAAAGCACUCACCGCAAUAGAAGAUAUAAAGUCCUCCCUCACCACCGAGCAAAUCUCAACCACUGAUAUCCGCUAUCUCCCCCUAGACCUCUCGUCAUUUCAGUCUAUCCGCAAUGCCGCGUCCAUCUUCAGAUCUGAAAAUAACAGACUCGAUAUCCUAAUGCUCAACGCUGGUGUAAUGGCCGUGCCUCCGGGCACUACAGAGGACGGCUACGAGAUCCAAUUCGGCACAAACUUCCUCGGCCACUUCCUCCUCACCAAACUCCUCUUACCAAUCCUCAUCCAAACAGCAAAAGCCCCUGGUACUCCUCAACAGCCGACAGCAGACGUACGCGUGAUCUCAGUCUCAUCGCUAGCCUGGCAACUGGCCCCUGCCCACAAUCCUUUGGAGGUCAUGACAUCCACAAGGAAGCUGUUAUCCGAGAACACCUGGACGCGCUACGGCUGCUCCAAAGCCGGCAACGUCGUUCUCGCAGCGCAAUUAGCCCACCUCUACCCGCAAAUCACCUCUGUAUCUCUGCAUCCAGGUCUAAUCAUGACCAACUUGUACUCGGCAACCAAGUCCUCUAAUCCUCUUGUUAAGUAUGCAACUGCCCUGGCGAGUCCUUUGUUAGCGAGUGAGGAGGAAGGGGCGCUUAACCAUUUGUGGGCGAUUGGAGUGGAAAAAGAGAUGCUGGUUAAUGGGGCUUAUUAUGAACCCGUUGGAGUUUGGGCAAGGAAUUGGUUUGCGGAGGACGAGACACUCGGUGAGGAGCUGUGGAGAUAG